GAGACGAGCUAUGCUGUUCUCCAACAGCUCUUGUUAUAAAGCUAGUCCAGGCCAAAUGCAAGUCACAUUGUUCUUGAAAAAAAAUCUUGCAAUAUAACUGUUUGAAUAAUCAGUCAAGUGAGUCAGUAAUUUAAUUAAUUUAUCAAACUUUUUUUAAAGCAUUGUUUGGCAUUUAAAACGUGCUCAUCAUGAUAGUCAGCUGAAAAUUAGAAAAUAUAUCUUGAUUAUUGCUUUUCUGUGAAGUAAAACUACCUCUUAUUAUUGUAUGUGUCUGUUUAGGGCACCGUUUAUACGCUCCACUGACGCCUUCUGUGUCGUUAUGGUCGUUUACGCUGAGUAUUAUAAUUAUACUAAAAUGUGUGUGGUGCCGAUAAAAUCCGGAACUUUCAGACCGGAGUAAUAGCGACUCCUAUAUUAUAAGUGAAGGGGCAUUUCCGGUUAGGAUUAAAACUUCAGAUUCCGGUUGUCGUAUAGCCUAGGUCUAUACGGUAUACCUACUUAUGAUCAAGAUCAGAACAUCGAUGCUGCAAUUCUCUAAUCGCAUUUAGAUUCAGAAUGCCGUGGACGAAAAAAAAAGGGUAUCGUAAAUUUUCAGAAAAAGAUCGAUUACGACUAAAAGAAGCACGCAGGAAACGCAGAGAAAGAGAAUUGGGUUUGGAUCAGGGUAUGGCAGAUGCAGGAUCCACAUCUGACAAAAAUCAAUUUACAGAAUCAACAUCCAGCUGUGAUCAACAUACAGGAUCAACACGCAACUCUGAUCAGACAGAACCAACAUCUGUUAAAGAUAAACCAAUGAAAUCAGCAUCUGGAAAAAAGAGAACUUCAAAAUCUUACAAUGAUAAAAUGCAGGUCAAAAAAGAGGACUCUGACCAUCUAGGAGUUUCAGGCUUGGACAUUGCGUCCAGGCUAGAAUAUGUGCCAAAAACCUACCAGACUGUGGCAACCAGUCAGGAAAGGAAGAAAACUCGAGGAAGGCCUUGUAAGUACCAUCUGGAAUGGGAAGAGGAAAGUGGAAUAACAAAGAAGUAUGAUGCAACUGUGGUACAGUGUUGUUUAUGCUUUAGAAAUCUUCUGUUUGGAUGUAAUGGACAAAAAGUCUUUAAACGACAUAGACAUUUUGAAACUGACAAUAUUAUCUGUUCUUCUUGUGAACGUGUAUCAAAUGUGAAUACUCUAACAACAAAUACACAACCUUCACAGAACACAUACGAAAAAUUACAGCAUUUGAGUGAGUCGCUUCCAGGAGCUAUCAAACCUGUUACCAAGGUGGUGUAUGUAGUUCGACCACCCAGUGACACAGACUUUGACAAGCUUAUUAUUAAAAAACCAAGAAUAUACAAGAAAAGGAGACCAAAUGUAGAGCUAUAUCCGUGUAUUGAUGGGCAAUCUGGAUCCACUUCACGUACAGACACGGCUAGUUCCCACAUAAAUAAUGGUGAACAUGCUUUUACUUCCAAAACACAUAUUUGGACACAAUCAAAGUUAGAUGGCUACCAGCCAAAUAACGAUGAUGAUUCUGAUGACAAUGAUUCUGAUGAUGAUGAUGAUGAUGAUGACAUUAGUCAUGUUGAUGAUGAAAAUGAUGACAGAUCACAAAAAUAUUCAACUGCAAAGAUGUUUGUUAAAAUUGGAAAACAAUCUGUAUUGGGGGGAAAUGUAAUGACAUUACAACCUUCAUCAGCACAUCAGGAGAUGACGGAUGGAAGUGAUCAGGAGCCUGGUGUGAUUGAAAACAACAUUAUAACUGAAAUAAAAACAGAACCAGUGGACCCUGCAUUGGAUGCGUUGCAUUCAAAUUCACAACAGUUCCAGAAAAAUCCUGAGAUUGAAAUCAAGAUAGAAAGUGUUGACCCAGUGUAUGCAGAUUUUGAAAAAGAUUCUCGUUCUAGUGAACAAAUGUACCAAACAGAUAUUAAUGUUGGGCCAGUGGUAGACCAGUCUCGAGAUCAGUAUGUGAACAAUGAUCUUGCAUACAUAUAUCUUUCUGAACAGGAUGACUCUUCAAUACCUAAAUCAUCUCCAGAAAAUGAUCAAUGUAAAUCUCCUAAUAAUUGUGUAGCUGUUGUUCCUGUAAGGGAUCAAAUGUUCAUCAAGCAAGAAGUGGAGACAGAAUAGACAUUUAGAACAUACAUGAAUUGCUAUUUGUCAAACUGUCCAUUAGGUUUCGGUUGCAUCCUUAAAAUUUAUAACUUAUUAUUAAUUAAUCUCGAACAACUCAACCACUGUUCAUCAAAUAAACCACAUUCGUUCCCUUCAUAGCCAUAGCAUUAAUUUUGCCUAUUUGUCUACUUGUCUUUUGCUGGGACUAAUAUAAGUUCCUGAAUGAUCACAAUAAUGUAUUCCUCAAACUAUAAACACGGUUCCUGCAUUUGUAGAAGGUUAAGUUAGCAAAAUUUUACUGUGACAUCCUCAAAAUUAAAGAGAUUGCAAAGAACAUCUUAUACAUGUAAUUUUGUAUACAUUGAAUCAUUAAAUUCAAUCUUGGACUUGCUGAUUAUGAUCCAAUUGGAAAUAGUUGGUUAUCCACAUUGAAUAUAAUGAUAAUGCCUAUAUAAUAUAUUUUAUAUGGUUUGCAAAAACUAGUCUCCCAUUUCAGUUGACACUAGUAUAUGGUGUUUGUAUCAAACAGGUAUGGUUAUAUAUUUUAUUUCAACUGUGUGAGUCAGAAUGAAUGGUGGCAGCCACUUGUAUUAAAAUUGAAGGGUGGUGGUGGCAUAUUUUCCCAAUUUUCAAGAUCUCCUUAUUCUAGAUUUUCUUUUUAAAUAUUUUCUUUUUUCUCCCUUCCACUGCCAUAUUAUUUGUAAUGUACGUACGUAUACAUUAUCAGGUAACCUAUAUAUGGGUCAUAUAGACACGGUCCGGAUCCAAGCUAGCUGUUCUAAAAGAGAUGAGGUAGAUGAAUUAUUCAUAAUUUGUACAAAACAUGAUUUAAAGUAACACAAAAAAAUUUUUGAAAGAUAUACAAAUAUAUUUGAACUAUUCCAUUUUGCAAUUUUAGGAAUGAACAUAUUUUAUUAUAUUUCAACAUGUAAGUGUCUUUACAUUGUUUGUAAUGUAUGAUGUUAAACGAUUACUUAUCAGCUGUGAGUACAUUAUAUUUGUGUAGAAUUAUGUAUCCUAGCAUAUAUAUAUUACAGGUUUUUAUAUGUUAAACAUAAUCUAAAUGAUGUAUAAAUAUUUGCAUAGAAAUUGUUUGAUUUCAUAAUUUGUACCUUUAAUUUUUA